CGAGGGAUGGGGAGGAGGAUGUAGCAUCAGCCACCCCUGAGGAAGUGGCCCCCCCAGUCCAGCGGACCAACAGCCCUGUUCUCCAUCCCCAGAAGAACCCAGUCUGAGCUCUGGGGAGUCCACCCUCGACCUGUAACUGCCCACUCCUGGUAAAACCACAAGACCAUCAAGGUGGAGGUGUACGACUGGGAUCGAGACGGCAGCCAUGAUUUCAUUGGAGAAUUCACCACCAGCUACCGGGAGCUGGCCCGUGGGCAGAGCCAGUUCAACAUCUAUGAGGUGGUAAACCCCAAAAAGAAAAUGAAGAAAAAGAAAUACGUGAAUUCGGGCACAGUCACGCUGCUGUCCUUCGCUGUGGAGUCCGAGUGCACGUUCCUGGACUACAUCAAGGGAGGGACUCAGAUCAACUUCACGGUGGCCAUUGAUUUUACAGCCUCCAAUGGGAACCCCUCGCAGUCCACAUCCCUGCACUACAUGAGCCCGUACCAGCUGAAUGCCUACGCUCUGGCACUGACCGCCGUCGGGGAGAUCAUCCAGCACUACGACAGUGACAAGAUGUUCCCUGCCCUUGGCUUUGGUGCCAAACUGCCCCCUGAUGGCCGGGUGUCCCACGAGUUCCCUCUGAACGGCAACCAGGAGAACCCCUCGUGCUGUGGCAUCGACGGGAUCCUGGAGGCCUAUCACCGCAGCCUGCGCACCGUGCAGCUCUACGGCCCCACCAACUUCGCCCCCGUGGUCACCCACGUGGCCAGGAGCGCAGCGGCCGUGCAGGACGGCUCCCAGUACUCAGUGCUGCUCAUCAUCACGGACGGGGUCAUCUCCGACAUGGCACAGACCAAGGAGGCCAUCGUCAAUGCUGCCAAACUACCCAUGUCCAUCAUCAUCGUCGGCGUAGGCCAGGCGGAGUUUGAUGCCAUGGUGGAGCUGGAUGGCGACGACGUGCGGAUCUCCUCCCGGGGGAAGCUGGCCGAGCGAGACAUCGUGCAGUUUGUGCCCUUCCGAGACUAUGUGGACCGCACGGGCAACCACGUGCUGAGCAUGGCGCGCCUGGCCCGCGAUGUGCUGGCUGAGAUCCCGGACCAGCUGGUGUCCUACAUGAAGGCGCAGGGCAUCCGCCCACGUCCCCCGCCUGGACCCCCCGCCAGCUCACCCCCACAGUCCCCUGCUCGCACGCCCUCCUCCUCCCCCCAGCAUGCGCACAUCUGAGCCUGCCCAGUGGCAGGCAGGCGCUGGGGUCUGGAGUGGGCCAGUCAGACAACGGGCAGGGUCCUGGGAGCCCAUCUCCUGCCCAGCCCACUCGAGCCCCUUCCAUAUCUAGGUGCCUGGGAGGUGGGCUGUGGGUGGGGCCUCUGAAAGCUCCGCCCUAGUGUCCUGGCCUAGACCCCAGGUGUUGGGGAGGCAGGCAUACAGGGGCAGAAUAGGGCACAAUUUUCAGCAUCUCUGCUCAGCCCAACUUCUCCAGACUCCCAAGUUCUAGCCCAGCCGGGAAGAUGUUAGGGGGGGUGAUGGGAGUUCCCUUCAGCCUAGUCUGGGUUAUCCUGUCUGCUCACCUUCAGGGGGCAGCCUACACUGGACCUCCCUCCUCCAGCCCUAGCCCUCUCUGGUGGUUAAUCUUGUGUCACAGCCCACCCCUCUCUGUCCUGGGCCGUCCCUGAGUGAGCCUCCUGAAGCUAGUGGGUGUGCAGGGAUGCUAGGACAUGUGAACCUUCUGGGGCAUAGAGAUCCAGGAGGGGGAGGCAGGCAUGGUGGACACAGGCCAGGUCAGCCCUCCCUGGGCCGCACUGCACCCUAGCAUGAUGUUAGUGCUAGACACAGGCUUCUCCUUGGUGUGGCCCUACAGGCUCCAGCCCAGAGACUGCCCAGGGCCACUGGUGCCCACCUAGAGGCCUGGGCAAGGAACAACCUGACCCUGGUGCUCCCACUGCCCUUGCUCUCUGAGUAGCCUCCACCUCAUGGGGAUAGGAGCUAAGCACCCUGGGUUGAAUCCUGCCUCCUCCUCCCUGCUGUGGGAACCCAAGCAAGGCCCUUCUGCCUUCUGGGCCUCAGUAUCCACAUCUGUAUGGUGAGUGGGUUGACCAGAUGGUCCCAGCUUUUUCUUCAACUCUACCCAGCACCUCCUAUCUCACACCUCACCCACUCCCUGGACCUCAGGCCGUCUUGGCCCGAGGAUCACGCUGCCUUGUCCUGUCACCUCAAUCCUUAGCCCAAGCCUCUGCCCCUGUUUCAGGAAAGGUUGAGCAGCUGAGCUCACAGGGCUGCCCAGCCUCUACCCUCCCAGGAACAGGCCAUGCAUGCCAGCCCCUCCUCCCGCAUGGGGCUUCUCAGCCCACUGAAACCCGCCCUUGCCACGCCUGGGCCUGGGUGGAGAACAGGCCCCACCCCGUCUGAUGCUCCACAUUGCUGCCCUUCCCGUCAUGCAUGAAGGUGGUAUUUCUACUCUCUCUGGUCCUGUGCCCGUCUCUGAGACCGUCUCUGUGUGGAAUUUGCCUUAAACUGAAGUAAAUUUGGUUCUUUUACGAAAAGAAA